GUUUUGCAUUCCCUCAUAUGGAGUGUAUACUUCUUGUGAGAGAUGUUUUUGUGUUAGGGACUGCGACUGCUGGCGCAACUAUCGGGUACCAUGUCUGGCGCCCUGGCUCUGGUGUAACAUAGACGUUGUACGCAAGGGACAAAGGGAGCCCCUGGACUGGUUAUAGAAAGUAGACUGUCACCUUACUAUGUUGUAGAGUAGCUGGCAAAUUUCUUUGCCGGUGCUGUUUUCAGUUGUCAAGUUUUAUACAACGAGCCGCGAUGACCCUCUCCAUCGGAAACGCACAGCUUCUCCAGGCAGAAAUCGAUGAAACUGACCUUAGUUUCUUCCGAUUCUCAGUCCAUGGAAGUAUCAAGUACCUUACCAUCGAGGGAAACAUUUUCUCCACCACGGAAAUGGCUUUUGGCCCAUCUCUAAGGUCUCUACUGCCAGAAUUUCCACCUGAUGAUUGGAAUGAUGGGUUAAUUGCCAAAGGCAAGAGCACCGGGAAGCCAUAUUUCGCACGUGCCGUCCGGAACACAUUUCCGGGUGUCAAAAAUCAAUGGCAUGAGUACUCGGUUGACUAUUCAGAUAUAAAAGUGGGAAAGAGGCUUCGGACUGGCAUCUACGAGGUUCAAUGUCCGGGAUUUGACACCAUUGUUGUCGCUAAAUUUGCUCGCUUCCACUGGGAGAUUCGAUACAUGGAGAGCGAGACAACAGCAUACGAGUGGAUAAAAGACCACGACAUUGGCCCACGAUUUCUGGGUCAUCUGGUCGAAGAUGGUCGCGUAAUCGGGUUCCUGAUGGAACGAAUUUCCAAUGCACGACAUGCAGUUUUAGAUGAUCUCGAGGCUUGUUGGGAUACAUUGUCGCCGUUGCAUGCCCUGGGGACUCGACAUGGUGACACCAAUCCAUUUAAUUUCUUAAUGACCGACUCGAGAGCUGUUUUGAUCGACUACGAUACAGCUCAAAAGUGUGACGAUCGCGAGGAGCUUUGCGAGGAGCUUGACGGUCUUGCUGAAUCGUUAGCAAGUACAUCCGAUCGAGGCGGAGGGGGCUUGCUUUGAAUGGGAUGUAAG